CUAAACCGCAAAAGAGCCGGGACACGCAGCCAUCCAACUACAACAGAUAGGCACCCCACUUCCGCUAUCGGUACCAAGGUCAUGCACACAAGCCCAGACGCCACCCACAUCAGCGCCUACACGGUGCGACCACAACUGCGGCGCUCCUCGGUGCUACGUAACCUCUCGAACCCGCGUACGAUGCCUUCUCCACUCGAACACAGCGAUCCAUUGGAGAUGCUCGAGUGGCGACUGGAGCCGCGACCCAGCCUUUGUACAUGCGGGGUCGGCAGGGUCUCCUGCGUGCCGAUCUAGCGGAGAUCUACUGCCGUUUAGGCCAAGCACGCCGUAAAUGUAUUUAUGCUGCUGCUGCUGCUGCUGCUGCUGCCGUGGCUACUUACUGCUGUCGCCGGAAAGCGGAGAUUUGUGGUGCAGUUUGGACUUACGGAUGAGACAGGCGUUGACGAUUACCGCGACAUCACUUCGACGCACCUACCCGUAUCAUGGACAAGAGCGACAAAACCCCCGCCAGCUCUGCAGUCGAGCUCCCCCCAAACGACAAUGGCAUUGGAUCCGUGGAACCCUCGUACGACCCCGUCCUCUCCGCACGCGUCCUGCUCAAGAUCGACCUACGGUUGAUUCCCCUCCUUUUCGUGACGUACAACCUCAAUUUCAUGGACAAGACGAUCCUGUCGAGUGCGAGCGUUUUCGGGUUGAAAGAAUCGACCCACUUGCACGGUAACCAGUACGCAUGGGCGUCGUCCAUCUUCUACUUUGGCUACCUGUUCUGGGCGUACCCGACGUCGGUGCUCAUCCAGCGGCUGCCCAUCGGCAAGUACAUUGCGGCCAAUACGUUCUUCUGGGGUGCCGUGGUGGCUGUUACGGGUGCGUGUUCCAACUUUGGCGGGCUCGCGGCGCUGCGUUUCCUACUGGGCGUGGCUGAGGCGACCAUUUCGCCGGCGUUUUUGUACGUCACGUCCAUGUGGUAUACGCGCACAGAGGUACCGACGCGCGUGGGCAUAUGGUUUGCGGGGAAUUCCAUGGGCGGGGCAAUUGGCAGCUUCAUCGCGUACGGCAUCGGACACGUGAGCGGCGGACCGCUGGAGGCGUGGCGGUGGCUGUUCAUCGCGCUGGGAGUGGCGACGUUCGUGUGGGGCGUGCCGAUGCUGCUGCUGCUGCCAGACGAAAUGGCAAAGACGCGGUGGCUGUCGGGCGAGGAGCAGCAGUGCGCGCUGCAGCGGGUGGAGCGAGACGGCACGGGGCGAGAACGGGGCGUGUGGUGCGCGUCGCAGGUGGUCGAGUGCGUGAUGGACCCGAAGACGUACUUUUUCUUCGCCAUUUCGCUGUUGACGCAGAUUCCCAACGGCGGCACCACCAAUUUCGCCAACAUGGUCAUGAAGGGCUUCGGCUUCUCGUCGCUGCAGAGCACCCUCGUCCAGCUGCCCUCCUCUUUCGUCGCCUUUUUCGCCGUCCUCAUCACCGGUCGCCUCGCAGGCCACUACCGCAACAUCACCACCUACCUCAUUGCCGGCACGGUUUUGUUCCCCGUCGUCGGCAGCGCCCUCAUUUACACCGGUGUCGCGCGCGGCGUCAAGCUGUUUGGCUUUUACCUGCUCAGCACCGGGCCAGCGGCGCUGUCGCUGGCGCUGAGCCUGGUGGGGGUGAACUACAAGGGCGAGACGAAGAAGAUGACCAUGACGGCGCUGCUGUUUGUGGCUUACUGCGCGGGCAACAUAGCCGGGCCUCACUUUUUCGUCGAAUCCGAGGCGCCGCGGUACCAGACGGCGUUCCGGACGAUUAUGGUCUGCUAUGCGCUCGUGGUGCUGAUAGCCAUGGGGUUGAGGGGGUAUUUGGCGUGGGCGAAUAGGAGGCGAGCAGCAGGGGAGGAGGGCGAGGAAGGCGACGAGGUGGGCGACGAGGAGCUGACGGACUGGCAGAGCGUGGGGUUCAGGUAUAGGAUGUGAGGAAAAGGACGCGAUGCAGUGCGACGAAGGCUAGCAACGUGGGCUCUUUGUCCGGCGUCACGUGGGCGCGAGUACGCGAUCUUGCACCAUGAUGAUGCACGAUAGUGAUAGAUAGUACUCGUAGAGUAGUAGUUCUUGUACGAAGUAGUAGCGCGCUCCUCGCCCUGACCGGUCGCCAGCGGACGAUUGGCCGCGCUCGGCUGUGUUGCCUGAGUUGCCUGAGUUGCCCCAGAAAGCGGAGUUAGCGCGCCGCGAUCGCCG